AUGAGCCCAUCGCCCAACUCCCCCGCCGAGCACACGACGCCUGUCUCCAACCUCACCCACCUCCACCGCCAGCAUCAGCAGCGCAACCCUCUCAAGGUGCAGGACACUCCCCACCAGCCCGGGCGCAAGUCGAGACAUGAGCUGGGACGACACAAUAGGCACGGGGAGAGGGUUACACGCAUCUACCCCCGCGAGAUAACAAAGUCGCCGCCCUCCGCCCAGCGCGUCUCCUCCACCUCUCCACCCACCAACUAUAAUGCAACCACCUCGCCACUGCUGUCGGCUUUUGGUGCCACCAGGACAGCGACCGCGCAGUACACCACCGAGUGGACCAAGUCACUGCCUUUCUUCGGCAACCAGGCCUCUCCAGGCAACGGCGCCAUAGCCAUAGCUGGCUCACCACCGACAUUCCAGAACUCACCAAGUGCUCGAGACGGACUGUACAUGUCACCCGGAAUGUCAAACUCGCCUCCCAUGGCGGGAGCGCGGCCUCUGAGUCACCCCAACCAGCAGGCCACGUUCGGUGGCCGCCUGCAGAGCUCCCCAGGCAAGCACCGUAGAGCGUCCACUUAUUCGCAGUACACCGGCCGUCCACUGUCACAGAACUUUGCAGGCAACCCACCCCUACCCCACCAGCCGCAAGCCCACUUUUACGGCGCACCGGAGCUCGACCUUGGUCUGGAUGGGCUUCGAGAUGGCCGUGUUGCACCCGGCGAAGAGGGGUACUUCUGUGGAUUUGACACACUGAGUACCGCUGGUGAUGAAGCGGCUCGGACUACCGAGAACGUUCUACUUGUUGGCUCUCAGGGCGGUCUGGAUGUCUUUCGGGUGGAGAAGGGCAAGCUCGAUAUUGUAGGUCGUCUGGAAGGCUUAAGAGGCAGUGUUAUCGGCGCGAAGAUUCUACCUUGGACUUCUAGGAGAGAUCCUCUGGCUGCCUCCAGGCCGUUGAUCGCCCUCACUCUGCAUGGCCCGGUAGUGAAGGAAAGUCGCAGCAGUCACAGUGGCAGUGGCUCCUCGUCCGUCAUCGAUGACUCUGCCUCAGAGUCUCCUAGCAGGCCCUCUAGCAGAGACUCUGCAACACAGGUCAGCGGCUACCAGACUACCAUUGAAGUGUACUCCCUCAAAGAGCAGGCGAAGCUGGCGACUCUAUACACGAGUCCUCUGGUACCGUUGAUCACUCCCGUUGACAGUCCUCUGUUUCAGCCUCCUUCUCCGGUCGGCGAAUGGGUGGUCGAUGCGAACGGCAAGUUCGUAGUCGUGGCGUCAGGAACGAGUGGAGAGUUGUUCAUCUUCGCUCCAUACCCCAACGGUUAUGAGGAACACUCGGAGCGGUUUCGCUGUAUAGGCAAGAUCUGGACGUCUGUUCAGCUCCGUGAGCGAGUGACAGCCUCGAGUGCGUCCAGUGGUGCGGAUGGAAGCCAUGAGGACAUUCCUCCUGAGAAAUAUGGCGUGCCUGUGUUUUCCCUUUCUGACCGCUGGCUCGCUGUAACCCCGCCUGCAUCCAGUUCGCAAUAUCCGAUCAACGGUACAGCUUUGACUUCUCCAUACUAUGAGCGCCCGCCUGGCGUCGCACAUCACAGCGCACCACCUCAGCCGUCUUCAAAUUGUGCCGUAGACACGCCUGAGGUGGAUACCCUCUUGAACCGACUAACAAGGGAAGGAACUCAGGUUGCAAUUCAAGGUGCACGAUGGGCCACCGAGAAGAGCAUGCAAGCUUUCAAGAGCUACAUGAACAAGGGCUCGGCAAACAGUCUACCAUACCAGGACCCAAUGCAGCACUACUUUCCACCCACGCAUGGCCACAACCAAACUCAGCCACGACAGGAGGCCACCGUGAUCGCGAUACACGACUUGCAGAAACUCAUCGAGGCUGAAGAAACACGGAGCAAGAGCGCUUUACAGCCAAUCGCAAUCAUCCCGGCCGUCCAAGGCUGCAGCUUUCUGUCUUUCUCUCCGACUGGUCUGAUGCUGAUGACAAUCAGCAAAAAGGGUGACCUUCAAGAUGUGUGGGACCUGAAGCGCAUCAAUUUUAAGAGAGCACGCAAGACCACCAGAGAACAAGCAACAGGACCACAUGUGCGACAGGUCGCUAGAUUUGCUCGCAUCACGGUCACGAACGUUGUCGAUGUGGCGUGGUCAGCUCCGCGCAUCGACAAAGUGGCUGUCGUUACCGACAAGGGCACAGUGCACAUGUUCCUCAUGCCUGCUUCAGCCUUCCAGUGGCCACCCUCCAGACGGACUCGUCCAGCAGCCUCAGCGAAACCGAGGAUUGACAACGUACCUACGAACAACGGAGGUGCAGUCGGCUCUGCAAUGCAAGUGAUCAACGGUACAGCGAAGCCGUUCUUCAAUGCUGUUCGUGGCCGUGCCACCAGCAAUGGCUCGCGCUUUACCUUCAGCAGCCUCGGCAUGACUCCUGCUGCUGGUGCCAAAUCCAGCAAAGCUGUAGCUGCGGGUGUCGGAAAGUCCAUCAACAACAUUCGGCAUGCUGGCGAUAACAAACUCGCAUUGCCGGUUUCACCCAGCGGCGUCAAGCCUCACAGCGUGCGUUGGCUCUCCGGCAAAGGUCGUGGAUCUAUCGCGCUGGUUGCUGGCGGUGCUUUGCAGAUCUGGCGGGUUCAGAUGCGACCUGCCACUGGCAAGGGCAAAUCUUCCAAUGCGACGUCGAUCACGAAGAGGAAGGUGGUUGAGUUUGGUCUGGCUGCCAUUCCAGAUACAUCGUUCCCUCCUUCGAUCGCCGAGCAGCUUUUCCCACAGCCUGGCGAUCAGGACGUAUCAAACGACGUCUACGGAGAGUGGCUUCCUCGAGCUCUGCCACGUAAGCUCGCCGCACGUGGAAGCAAAGCUUCCGGCACGGCAUUGGCACCUCUAAGCUUCUCUGAGAUCGAAACGAACCCACCAUAUCAGCCCUUCUACACAGACCGACGAGUCAGUCGCUUCGUCUACUCGCGCCCCUUGACCAGCAUAGAUGAGGGUAAUAGCGAGUACCAACCGUCCACACCAGGCCUUGCCAGCAACCUUCACCAUGAAGACGAUGGCUCCCCUUGGCUCUUUGGUGAGGACGUUGAAGCGAUACGUAUCUCAUCACCUGCCGCACAGACUCAUGAUCUCGACGAAGAUGAGUUUGUAGCAGGUGUUGCCGCCAGGAUCGAGAACAAGCUCAUCCUCAACGAUGACGAGGAGGAGGUUGAGCAGGUUGUCGUGACUACGAGACGAAGGCGUGCCAAGAAGGAUGGCGCUGAGGAGGGCGAGGAGGGCUUCUUCGAGGAUGACUGCGAGGUUUUGGACUUUGCGGAGGAUCGAGUGUGA